GAAACACACACAAGGAAGAAAAAACUCAAAUCUUCUUGGAAAAAAAAAAGAAUUUGCUUCAAUACCCAAAAGAGAAAAGGAGUAAAGGAGGAAAAAAGCAUCUGCUGCACAUGGAAUAGCCUCUCCAUUGCAGGUUAUUUUGGGUUAAACAAACAUCCUAAUUGUAAAAUUUUAUUGAAAAUUCUGGUAUCUAAUGUAGUUCUUCAAUUUGUUUGUUGUUUGAUUUUAUUUAGAAAUUAUUUGUUUGGUAAAAUAGUCUUAUAUGUUGCAUUGUAACAGGUAAGGAUGACAGACUUUUUACACUGAAGAUUCACCAUGGAGGUGAAUUUGUUAAUGUACCAGAAAGGAUUUAUUUGGGAGGUUCUGUUGUUUAUAUUGACAAGUGUGAUCCACAUAUAUGGUCAUUGCAAACCUUAAACUUGAUUGGAACAACAAAAUUAGGCUACAAUAAUAUUCUUGGUUGGCACUUCAAACUACCUAUGACGGACCCUGGUGCUGGUUAUAUUCAAUGUUUGACUGAUGUUGAUUGUGAUCUAAUGGUAAAAGAAUGAAUCAAAAGAGGGAGGUGCUCCAGUACCAAGGAAGUUUAUGCCCUCGAAUUCGGAAAUUAGUAGAAGAAAAGAAAAAGGCAGCAUCUGCAUCAAUUCCUACUUGGGCUGGACAAUUUCUAUUUCAAGUAAAAACUAUGUAUGGUGAACAAUUUAGUGUUGACUUGAAUGGGAGAACCUGUUCUUGUAGGGAAUGGGACCUUACAGGAAUCCCAUGCGCACAUGCAAUAAGCUGCAUAUUCAGUAUACGAGAGAAUCCAGAAAAUUUCAUAAAUGAUUGUUACAAGAAGGCUACUCAAAUGAGGAUUUAUGAGCCAGUCAUUGCUCCUAUGGACGGACCUGAUAUGUGGGAAACUACUGAUCUACUUCCUGUUCAACCUCCUACUUAUGAGCCAAAGAAAGGUAAGUUGAACAAAAAUAGAAGAAAAGAACCUGAUGAAAUUGAAGCCUCCAAGAGAAAAGCUGUUGAGAUGAAAAAACAGAGAAGAGAGAAAAAGAGAAAACAGUCUGCAUCAAAUGACUUGAAUGCAGCAGCCACAAAUGUUACCAAAUUAAGUAAGAAAGGGAGGUUAGGGAGAUGCAGCAAGUGCUUGCAAACUGGUCACAAUAAAACAACUUGCAAGAAGAAUAGCGAUUCUCUGAAUUCAAUAGCUCCACCACAAGCUAUUCCAACAACUCGAGUUUGGUCACAAAAUGCUACAAGUCAAUCCCACCCAAGUAAGCAAAUCCAUUUUGAGUCCACCAAUUGGAUUGGGCAUAUAAAUGAACCUUCUAAACUCAAUCCAAAAAGGCCAGCGGAGGACGGUUCAUCUCAGAUGCCUGCACAAGCUCAAGUUGGCAGUAUUGUGAUAAAUGCUGAGAAGUACAAGUGGAAUGGAAAAAAUUGUAUUAGCUUGCAAAGCCUUCAAAAUACAAGUGUUUCAAUGAAGUCCAACAAUAAGAGCUUUGACAAGGAAGAGAAUAGAAGCAAUUAACAAAUGAAGAACUGCAACAACAAUAAAUUUUAUUUUCAAAGCUCUUUUUUUAUUUUUUUAUUUUAAGUGAUAUUUCUCUAUCAAUAGUUGCUAAACAUUUGGAGUUCUUAUUGUUACAAGUUUGUCGUUUUUCCUUUAUAAUUUAAUUACUACUAAUUUAUGAAAUACUUUAUAUGAUAUUCUAUUGCUCGAACUCAAUGAAUAUAGACAUGUAUAACUUCUCUAAAUUCUUUUUGGCUUCAACAAAUCCUAAAGAGUAAGUUGGUAAAAGAGCUGCUUUUCUAGAUACAAGCAUAAUUCUAGCUUUACCAAAUAAAUUGUAUGACCUAGUAUAAGCAUUUUAAUUAUUAUAAUAAUGUUGUUUACCAGUUUCAGUUGGCCUAUGAGCACAUUUGUCUCUUAGAUACCACUCAAUGCUAUGCACCAGAAUUAGUCCCAAAGAAGCAUAAAGCUGCCACAUUUCUUAAGAAGACACAGCAAUUCUAUAAUCAGAGCCAGUUUUAGCUUGUUUACUGACCAUC